AUGAGCUGGUCCCCAGAUGAGUGCAGGGGGUGGGAAGAGCCCCCGGGUGACAGACGUGCCCUCUGUGCCAGGCUGGUGGAGAAGCCCAGCAGUGGGUCUGCAGAACACCCAGAGUCUGGCCCGGGACCCAUCGUCACCCGCACGGCCUCAGGACCUGCCCUGGCCUUCUGGCAGGCAUUGCUGGCGGGGGACGUGGGCUCCGUCUCCCGCAUCCUCGCCGACUCCAGCGCUGGCCUGGCACCAGAUUCCAUCUUUGAUACCAGCGACCCAGAGCGGUGGAGGGAUUACCGCUUCAACAUUCGCGCUCUGAGACUCUGGUCUCUGACUUACGAAGAGGAGCUGACCACCCCACUGCACGUGGCAGCCAGCCGGGGCCACGCGGAUGUGGUGCAGCUGCUGCUGAGGCGGCGGGCAAAGCCAGACAGUGCCCGGGGCCGCACCGCCCUGCACGAGGCCUGUGCCGCAGGAAACACUGCCUGUGUCCAUGCCCUGCUGGUGGCAGGAGCCGACCCCAACAUCCCUGACCAGGAUGGGAAACGCCCCUUGCACCUCUGCCAGGGGGCUGGCACCCUCGAGUGUGCAGAGAUGCUCCUGAGGUUUGGGGCGAAAGUGGAUGGUCGGUCCGAGGAGGAAGAGGAGACCCCUUUGCAUGUGGCCGCCCGGCUGGGCCAUGUGGAGCUGGCAGACCUACUUCUAAGACGGGGCGCGGACCCAGAUGCCCGAGACGCUGAAGGCUGGACACCGCUGCUGGCUGCCUGUGACACCCGCUGCACACCCGCCACUGACCCCGAGGCCACCGCAGCCCGCUGCCUCCAGCUGUGCCGCUUGCUGCUCUCUGCCGGUGCCGACCCCGAUGCUGCCGACCAGGACAGGCGGCGGCCCCUGCAUCUGGCCUGUCUCCGCGGCUAUGGGGCCAUCGUGGAACUGCUCCUGUCCUGUGGCGUCAGUGUCAACGCCAUGGAUUAUGGGGGACACACAGCCCUGCACUGUGCUCUGCAGGGCCCCCCCUUGGCCCUGGCCCAGAGCCCAGAGCAUGCAGUGCGAGCUCUGCUCAACCACGGUGCCGUCCGAAUCUGGCCUGGGGCUCUCCCCAAGGUGCUGGAACGCUGGUGCUCGUCCCCGCGGACCAUCGAGGUCCUGAUGAACACCUACAGUGUCAUGAAGCUUCCUGAGGAGGCCGCGGGUCUGGUACCUCCUGAAAUUCUGCAGAAGCACCACCGAUUCUACUCCUCCCUCUUCGCCUUGGUGAGGCAGCCCCGAUCGCUGCAGCACCUGAGCCGCUGUGUGCUCCGAGCUCACCUAGAGGCCUGCCUGCCCCACGCCCUGCCCCGCCUUCCCCUGCCACCCCGCCUGCUCCGCUACCUGCAGCUGGACUUUGAGGACGUGCUCUACUAG